UGGAUGGAAGGCUGAGCCAGAACCUUGGGCGGAUGCGCGACUCGAGCCCUGGCAGCUCCCUGCCCCGCAUAGUGCAAGCGGGAUGCGCGUUCGCAGCCAGGGGAAAGCGGAGGCUGCAGGCAGCCCUAGUAGUUGCCGCCUGUGUUUAGGCAGCAGGGGGACCGGAAGGGUAGGAGGAAGCAGGAGAGGGUUUCCUGAGAUGAGAGAUUACUUCCGUCCAUCCAUCCUGCCAGCCACCCUCUCCUCAGUCUGCAGCCGGCUGGGGGUACUGAGGAACCUGCACCGGGUCUCAGGGCAGUAGCAGCCCCGCUUGCUCCAAGUCAGGGGGGUGUUCUUUAAGGGGGCGUUCUGUUGGCUCGUCACAAACCAGACCCAGAAGCCAGGUGGCCUCCGGAAUUUCUGAGCUCCCUAAAUCUCCACCCCCGAGCGAUGGUGGCCAAACAGCGGAUCCGGAUGGCUAACGAAAAGCACAGCAAAAACAUCACACAGAGAGGGAACGUAGCCAAAACCCUGAGGCCCCAAGAGGAGAAAUAUCCUGUAGGACCAUGGCUACUGGCACUGUUUGUUUUUGUUGUCUGUGGAUCAGCUAUCUUUCAGAUCAUUCAGAGUAUAAGGAUGGGCAUGUGAGGAGCUGCGUAGAUUUGACAUUGCCUUUAUCAUCCAACAUGGUGGACCAGAUACAAUUUUAGCCUGACAUAAAUGUGAAGAGCUCUUAUCUGAGAGUACCUUUGUGUUUCCUCUUGAAUGGGGCAGACCAAAUUACCUGUUGACCUGUCAUCUCGGUUGCGUAUGUGUUUUAACUGCCACAGCAGAAAAGGACAUUUUGCUUUUCUAUUGACUUAAUGAGUUAACCACAUUGGUUAGCUGUCAGUGCUGUUCAGUUGAUUUAUUUCUUCUUUUACCUAAUGUAUUUGAGUGAUCAUGUGAGUGCCUGUUUAUCUACUCUGUACAUUAUAAUUGUUUUAUGCUGGAAAUUUGUUUUUAUUACAAAUAAAUAUUC